AUGGCCCCCAGCACCGUGGCCGUGGAGCUGCUCAGCCCCAAGGAGAAAAACCGGCUGCGCAAGCCGGUGGUGGAGAAGAUGCGCCGCGACCGCAUCAACAGCAGCAUCGAGCAGCUGAAGCUGCUGCUGGAGCAGGAGUUCGCGCGGCACCAGCCCAACUCUAAGCUCGAGAAGGCUGACAUCCUGGAGAUGGCCGUCAGCUAUCUGAAGCACAGCAAAGCCUUUGCUGCCGCUGCCGCCGGCCCCAAAAGCCUACACCAGGACUACAGCGAGGGUUAUUCGUGGUGCCUGCAAGAGGCCGUGCAGUUCCUGACGCUGCACGCCGCCAGCGACACGCACAUGAAGCUGCUCUACCACUUUCAGCGGCCCCCUGCCACGCCCGUUGCACCCAAGGAGCCCCCAGCUGCCAGCGCGGCGCCCCCUCCUACACUCACUUCGGCCAAGGCCACUGCCCCACGACAGCCCGCCUCUGGCCUCUGGCGGCCCUGGUGA